AAAAAGGUUACUAGACUAAUGUAAUCAUGACCUAGUCUUCUCUCAGGCCUGUAAAGAUAUGGAUUGACUACUAGCAUGAAGAAAACAAAGAUGUAGCCUAGAAUGUAGAGAUUAGAUGAAUACCACUAUCAACACACUAGACUUGAUUGUAAAUGAUAAUACCUUCAGCACACCAGGUUACUUCUGCUUAAAUUUUUAGCCUUAUACUAGACCUCUAUAUGAGAUUGAGGUUUAAUUUUCUUAUUCUGUAUGAAGAACAAAAAUAAUUUAACAUUAUUCAAGAUGUCAUUCAGAUGUGCACAAUUAAACUGUAAAAAUAUAAACAACCUGUUUGUCAGACGUAAGUACACUAUGUUUUCAUGUGUCUGGAAAAGAUCAACACAUCAGUGCACAUUGAAUCACUUUUUCUCACUAAACAAUAAUGCAAGUUUUUCAUCAAGGGCACACUAUAGUGAGAUUGACAAAAGUGUGCUAAAUUCCUCAACAUAUUUGAACCUGAAAAAGCAUUUUGCGCAUCCUGUUUCUAAUGUCAGGCGACAGUUCUCAACAAGUUGUUCGUAUUGUGUCAAAAUACCACAGGAUAUAGCCACUCAUGUAUUCAAGCCAAAUCCUUCGAAUCAACUCAUCUUUCAGGAUUUUCCAACUAUUCAAGCAGCAGACUAUAUGCUAAAAAACUUGCAUGAUCUUACAGGCUUACCUUGGUGGUUGACUAUAAUCUCUUCAGCAUUCUUGCUGAGAGUAGUUCUGAUGAUUCCUGUGACUCUUCUAACUCAACACAAUAAUAGCAGACUUCAACGACUUGCUCCAGAAAUCAAAGAGAAAUCCAUAGCACUGAAGUCUGAGGUGAAAAAGGCUGUGAUCCAGUUUGGCUGGGACCAGAACAGAGCUAAGAAAGAAUAUUAUAACAAGUUGUCUAUCUUACUGAGAGAGCUGUACACCCGAGACAACUGUCACCCCAUGAAAAAUGUUGUCACGUUUUGGAUCCAGGUUCCUGUCUUCGUCAGUUUGUCGUAUGCUUUGAGAAACAUGGUAGUAAGGACUAACAACGACCUAAAUAGUGAAAAUCAUGAAGUAUUGAAUAGUUUAACCAAUGAAGGUGUAGCUUGGUUUCCGGACUUGGUUGCAACAGAUGCAACUUGGAUUCUACCAGUUUUAGUUGGUCUUGUGACUUUAAUCAACAUAGAAAUUGCCUAUUUGAAUCUACCAGUUGUAACAACAUACAGGAAAUGGUUGACUGUAACUCUCAGGGGUCUUUCUCUUAUUAUAAUACCUAUAAGCUCUACUGUGCCAACCGCUGUUGUCUUGUAUUGGGCCAGCUCUGGAGCCUUAGCUGUGGCACAAAAUUUACUUUUUGAUUUGUCGCCUUUUCGACGUUUGUGCCGACUUCCUGUUUCUCCAUUCGAAAGUAAUUCUCCUGUUACUAGCCUUUUGAAAAAAUUCAGAAACAAAUAUUUAAACAAAUAAGUGUAAAAAUAAAAAAAUAUAAUUUGACUAUUUA